GUAGCGUUACUGCGGAAGCGGAUCCCUGAGAAAUCCUGGGAACAGGCAGCUGACAGCAGGCAGCAAGCAGCGCAUUGCAGGCGCCAGACAGCGGGGCAGCAUGAGCCGGACUCCAGCCUUUCUGAGCGCUGAGGAGGUGGAGCGGUACCUGAGCAGCUCCAGCCUCCUGAUAACACCCCUGGAGAAGGCUCUGGCCAACUUCUCUAGCGGACCGGAAGGAGGGGUCGUGCAGCCAGUUCGCACGGUGGUGCCUGUGGCCAAACACAGAGGUUUCCUGGGUGUCAUGCCUGCCUACAGCGCUACUGAAGAUGCACUUUCCACAAAGCUAGUAACCUUCUAUGAGGGCCAGAGCACCUCUGCUAUCCCUUCACAUCAGGCCACAGUGUUGCUCUUUGAGCCCAGCAAUGGUUCACUACUCUUGAUCAUGGAUGGAAGUGUAAUUACAGCAAAGAGGACAGCUGCUGUGUCUGCUAUUGCUACCAAGUUUUUGAAACCCCCUUCAAGUGAAGUUUUGUGCAUACUUGGUGCUGGUGUCCAGGCGUACAGCCAUUAUGAAAUCUUCACAGAACAAUUCUCUUUUAAAGAGGUCAGGAUAUGGAAUCGCACCAAAGAGAAUGCUGAGAAGUUUGCUCAGACGGUGAAGGGGGAUGUGCAAGUCUGCUCCUCUGUCCAAGAGGCAGUGGCAGGUGCUGAUGUGAUCAUUACUGUCACCAUGGCAACAGAACCCAUUUUAUUUGGAGAAUGGGUGAAGCCAGGAGCCCAUAUCAAUGCUGUUGGUGCCAGUAGACCUGACUGGAGAGAACUGGAUGAUGAGGUUAUGAAGAAUUGUGUUCUGUAUGUAGAUUCUUGUGAGGGAGCCCUCAAGGAGUCUGGAGACGUCAUAUUGUCUGGGGCUGAGAUCUUUGCAGAGCUGGGAGAAGUGGUGAAGGGAGUGAAGCCAGCUCAUCGUGAGAAAACUACAGUUUUCAAAUCUUUAGGAAUGGCAGUGGAAGAUACAGUUGCAGCGAAACUGGUCUAUGAUUCUUGGUCAUCUGGUAAAUGAAGCAGAGAACCUAGCAUUGAGAUGCUGCGAUGUAAAGACCUAUUACUGCUUCUUGUCUCUCAUAGUUUCUUUGACAGAAGGGAAAGUGGACCCACAGGGAAAUAUAAUUUUGCACUUAAUAUCACUUGCCUUAAAAAAAUCAAACUAGCCAAUUUUGUUUGUGAUUCAAAAAAUUAAAUCAUAGUAUUGUGUAUUUUCUUUCUUUUGUCUUGCUGCAUCUUAUUAUAACAUUCUUUGUCCAUAGAUAUAACCACCUUUUGUAUUUCCCUUAAAUAAAGAAUUUGCCAAUUUU